CGCCCCGGGGCCCCGUGACGCCGCGCGGCGGCCGAGCGCCCGCGGAGGGAGCGGGGGAUGGGACGCGAUGCGAUGGGACGGCAUGGGAGCGGGCGAGGGGACGUCCGAGCCUGCGGGCGGCUUUAAAUGCGCGCCGGCCCGCGCGCCGCCAGCACAGCCGCCUCGCCUCGCCGCCGCUCGGCCGCGGGCGCUUCCCGCGGGCGCUGCGCUCCCGCUGCCAGCCGGCGCCUCGCUGCGCUCCGGGCAGAGAGCGGGGCCGAGCCCCGCGCACACGGGCGCGCCGCGGCGAGCGGGCGGCCAUGCCCCGCACCGCCUGCUGAAGCCGCCCCGCCGCCGCCGCCGCCGCCGCCGCGCUCAGCCCGCCGCUCCCCGCCCGGCCCGCGGCUGUCCCGCGGCCGCCGCCCGCCGCCAAGCUGGAGGACCGCCGCAAGCCCGAGCCCCGGAGGAUGGAGGACGAGGCAGUGCUGGAUAGAGGGGCUUCCUUCCUUAAACAUGUAUGUGAUGAAGAAGAAGUGGAAGGUCAUCACACUAUUUACAUUGGGGUCCAUGUGCCGAAGAGCUAUAGGAGAAGGCGGCGUCAUAGAAGAAGACCUGGGCACAAAGAAAAGAAGGAAAAGGAGAAAAUCUCUGAGAAUUACUCUGACAAAUCAGACGUAGAAAAUGCUGAUGAGACAAGCAGCAGCAUCCUUAAACCGCUCAUCUCCCCCGCUGCCGAACGCAUCCGCUUCAUUCUCGGGGAGGAGGAUGACAGCCCGGCACCCCCGCAGCUUUUCACAGAGCUGGAUGAGCUCCUGGCCGUCGACGGACAAGAGAUGGAAUGGAAGGAGACCGCGAGGUGGAUAAAGUUUGAAGAGAAGGUAGAACAAGGUGGGGAGAGAUGGAGUAAACCUCAUGUGGCCACGUUGUCCCUGCACAGCUUGUUUGAAUUAAGGACAUGUAUAGAGAAGGGCUCAAUACUGCUGGAUAUGGAGGCCUCUUCUCUCCCUCAGGUGGUGGAAAUGAUUGUCGACAAUCAGAUCGAGACGGGCCUUUUGAAACUAGACAUGAAGGACAAGGUCACCUACACGCUGCUCAGGAAGCACCGGCACCAGACCAAGAAGUCCAACCUGCGCUCCCUGGCUGACAUUGGGAAGACCGUCUCCAGUGCAAGUAGGAUGUUUACCAACCCCGAUAACGGCAGUCCAGCCAUGACUCACAGAAACCUGACCUCUUCAAGUCUGAAUGACAUCUCUGACAAGCCUGAGAAAGAUCAGCUGAAGAAUAAAUUUAUGAAGAAAUUGCCUCGUGAUGCAGAGGCCUCCAACGUGCUGGUUGGGGAGGUAGACUUCUUGGAAAGCCCUUUCAUUGCCUUCGUCCGGCUGCAGCAGGCAGUUAUGUUGGGUGCUCUGACCGAAGUCCCCGUACCUACCCGAUUUCUGUUCAUUCUACUGGGACCUAAGGGCAAAGCAAAGUCCUAUCAUGAGAUCGGCCGAGCCAUCGCCACUCUGAUGUCUGAUGAGGUGUUCCACGACAUUGCCUACAAAGCCAAAGACCGGCAGGACCUGAUCGCUGGUAUUGAUGAGUUUCUGGAUGAAGUCAUUGUGCUCCCUCCCGGCGAAUGGGAUCCAGCCAUUAGGAUAGAGCCGCCCAAGUCUCUUCCAUCUUCAGAUAAAAGGAAAAACAUGUAUUCCGGUGGAGAAAAUGUACAAAUGAACGGAGACACACCUCAUGAUGGAGGACACGGAGGUGGGGGCCACGGGGACUGUGAAGAACUGCAGCGAACUGGCAGAUUCUGUGGUGGCUUAAUCAAAGACAUAAAGAGGAAAGCACCGUUCUUUGCCAGUGACUUCUAUGAUGCUUUAAACAUUCAAGCCCUUUCAGCCAUUCUUUUCAUCUACCUGGCCACAGUGACCAAUGCUAUCACGUUUGGAGGAUUGCUUGGUGAUGCUACAGAAAACAUGCAGGGUGUGUUGGAGAGCUUUCUGGGCACAGCGGUGACUGGAGCGAUUUUUUGCCUUUUUGCCGGUCAGCCACUGACAAUUUUGAGCAGCACAGGACCUGUCCUUGUCUUUGAAAGGCUUCUCUUUAAUUUUAGCAGAGACAACGGUUUUGACUACUUGGAGUUUCGCCUCUGGAUUGGACUUUGGUCAGCCUUCCAGUGUCUCAUUCUUGUCGCUACUGAUGCCAGCUUUCUGGUGAAAUACUUCACCCGCUUCACCGAGGAAGGCUUCUCCUCCCUUAUCAGCUUCAUCUUCAUUUAUGAUGCUUUCAAGAAGAUGAUUAAGCUGGCAGAUUAUUACCCAAUCAACUCCCAGUUCAAAGUGGACUAUAUCACACAUUACUCUUGUGCCUGCGAACCAUUAGAUUCAGUUAAUAGCUCGUUAUUUAAUGGGACAAGUGUGCUGUCGGCUGAUGGGCUGUCCUACUCCUCCGCUGAGAUGUACAACAGCACCGUUGACUGGGCGUCUCUGACAAAGAAGGAGUGCUUGAAGUACGGAGGACAGCUUGUGGGCAACAACUGUAAAUACGUCCCUGACAUCACCCUCAUGUCUUUCAUCCUCUUCUUUGGCACCUACACCUGCUCCAUGGCCCUGAAGAAGUUCAAGACCAGUCGCUAUUUUCCAACCACUGCCAGGAAGCUCAUCAGUGACUUUGCCAUUAUCUUGUCCAUUUUGAUUUUCUGUGGGAUAGAUGCCCUGGUAGGUGUGGACACACCAAAACUAAUUGUGCCAAGUGAAUUCAAGCCAACCAGUCCCGAGAGGGGUUGGUUUGUCCCACCUUUCGGAGGGAACCCGUGGUGGGUGUAUCUCGCUGCAGCCAUCCCUGCACUGCUGGUGACUAUCCUCAUCUUCAUGGAUCAGCAAAUCACAGCCGUCAUCGUCAACAGGAAGGAACACAAGCUCAAGAAAGGUGCUGGGUAUCAUCUGGAUCUGUUCUGGGUGGCGAUCCUCAUGAUUAUAUGCUCCUUUAUGGGUCUGCCCUGGUACGUUGCUGCUACUGUGAUCUCCAUUGCUCAUAUCGACAGCUUGAAGAUGGAGACGGAAACUUCAGCUCCGGGAGAACAGCCCAAGUUUUUGGGAGUGAGGGAGCAGAGAGUCACUGGAUUCAUUGUCUUCAUUCUGACCGGUGUGUCUGUAUUUAUGGCUCCCAUCUUAAAGUUUAUUCCUAUGCCUGUGCUGUAUGGUGUCUUCCUGUACAUGGGCGUCGCUUCCCUCAACGGCGUGCAGUUCAUGGAUCGUCUGAAGCUGCUCUUGAUGCCUCUGAAACAUCAGCCAGACUUUAUCUAUCUGCGUCACGUCCCGCUGCGCAGGGUCCAUCUGUUCACGUUCCUGCAGGUGGUGUGUCUGGCCCUCCUCUGGAUUCUCAAGUCAACCGUGGCUGCUAUAAUAUUCCCUGUCAUGAUCCUGGCACUUGUAGCUGUCAGAAAAGCCAUGGACUACCUCUUCUCCCAGCAUGACCUAAGCUUUCUUGAUGACGUCAUUCCAGAAAAGGACAAGAAAAAGAAAGAGGAUGAGAAGAAGAAGAAAAAGAAGAAAGGCAGUCUGGACAGUGACAAUGAUGAUUCUGACUGCCCCUACUCAGAAAAAGUCCCAAGUAUUAAAAUACCAAUGGACAUCAUGGAGCAGGAACCUUUCCUAAGUGAUAGCAAACCUGCCGACAGAGAAAAAUCACCAACAUUCCUUGAACGCCAUACGUCAUGCUGAAAAAAUUCCUUUUCUUCAGUCACACACCAUGCCAAGCCCUCCACGAACUCCAGUAAAAGUUGUGCCUCAAAUUAGAAUAGAACUUGAGCCCGAAGACGGCGGUUGUUUCUGGAGGAGCAAGGGAACAGAAACUACUUUGUAAUCUGUCUGUCUGUUAAAUCUUAUGUGUGUUUUUUUUGUUUUUUUUUUUUUUUGACACUAGCCAAAUAUUACAAAAUGCUCCCGGCUUCCCACCUGCGUAGGUAAAUGAGAUAUUCUGCCCUUCUCCCUCGCCCUGUGCCCCUUGCAGAUCUCUCUUUAUUCAUCCUCGCCCCGUUUCUCCACUCUGACCAAGACUUGUGUUUGCCUUCUCUGUCGCUCGGACGUGCACGCCUCUCUCUCAUUUUCAAGCAGAGGGAAGAAGUAUUAAGGAUAUAAUAUAAUACCUGUGUGAAAUGUCAGAGGAACUGGCAUGACUUUAGUUGUGAAUCAGUGUUUGUUUGUUUGUUUUUUGUCUGGCAGAACAAACUGACCUCCAGGCUAAUUCAAUGUCUUUAUUACACUGCUCUGAGAUGCUGGAAAGUGCUGCUAAUACUAACUUGCUCUUAAGGCCUGUACUUGUAGUAACACAAGAAGGAAAACUAAAAGGUACUUCACUCCCAGCACAGACAAACUAUUGCCAUCGUUGUAGCAUGUGUUUUGAAAUGUCCCUUUCCUAUGCAAUUUUUUUUAAAAGAACACUUUAAUGGACUUAAUCUGUCAGGUACAUUGCAGAGUGUUAUUUUCCUAGAUUAUUUUGUUUAAAUUAUGGGGGCCUAACCUACAACUUUUUUUUUGUCAAUUUUUUUAACCUUUUUUUAAUUACUGUAAAGAAAAAUGAAUUUUUCCUGCAGCAGGAAACGUAUAGUUUUGAGUAGUUCUACCUCUUAUUUCUAGAUGCCAGGCUUUCUGUAAAAAUGUAUUGUACCAUAUAUAAUGUGAUUUUUACAAAAGAAAAAACACACAAUCUCCAGGAUAUGGCAUAGGGCUGGAUCAGUUUUAUUAACACCUACUCUAAAGCAUCUGUUUUACCCCCUCUUCUUUUUUUUUAAUAAAUAAUCUAACUUUACUAUGAAGGAGACAGGACAGGACUUAACUCUCUUGUGGUCUAGAAAGAGUCUUAAUCAAACGGCGAUGACUGAAGCGGUGAGUGGUGUCAGGGGACAGAUGCUGAUUGUAUUUGUUCUGUUGAGUUCCUGUGCGGUAUUGUUAGAGCUGUGUCACUUCAAACAUCCGUGUGUGCGCGUGUGUGUAUGUGUAGCAGUCCAAACACCCUCUGUGCAGUUUGGACCCAAACAACGGAGCAAUUAAGGAAAAGAUAUUUAAAGGUUACUUACUGGGAAAUUUUUCCCUAGGUCCCUAUUAGCCAGGGCCCUAAAGAUCGACAUCCUGUGUCAAUCCUUAUGGAUCCAUGCAGUCCCAGAUCUGUUUCCCAUCACGUACAGAAUUGACGCUAAAUUUUUACUGCUCAGCACUCCCCCGGAUAGACCGAUCCGUCAAUCCAAAUUGAUAACAUCAGCAGCAAACUGGCGCAGACAUGAUCACGCGCAGGCUUUUUGUUUUAAACCAAGCAAGCAGAUAGCUGGCAGCACCACCAUCAAGCACCGGGGAUGGGACAGGUCCCCUGCGAAGCCGCUGCCACCCGGGGUGAGAGAUGUUCCAAAACGGCACUCGCAGAAACUACUCGCUGAUGCCUAACACGUGGUUUAGCUUCAUUUUUGCUAAUGUAGCAAAAUGACGAAGGGUUAAAGCAUAGCUUGGUGGCCUUCAAGCCUGUCCUUAGGAGACCAAAGUCCAUUUUGCAUUAAAGCAGCAGAAUUUCAUGAUGGUGUUGAGACCUGACAUACCAAAUUUUAGCAUCUCCUCCCUAAUAGUCGCCAUAUCAGCAACCAGAGGUGCAGAGCAGUGGUGUUUUCUUUUCCAGAUGUGCCGUAGGAGCACCUGGUGAUCUGGCUUUCAUUAGAGCGUUUCGCUUGAAGGAGGAGUUGGAGUAGACCCCAAUAGUUCCCGCUUGAUCUCGCGCAAACGGCCAUUGCUUCUUGAAGGCGAUGGCGGUGCAGUGGCCUCGGCGCGCGGCUGCACGUACGUUCCCCAGCGUACUGUCGCCGCAGCCGAACGUCUGCUCGCUCACGAGAGGCGUUUGGUGUCCGUGAGAAAGCAGCGGCUGCCUUUCCUCUUGGCUACCCGCGGAGAUCCGCAUCCCCCCAGCACAGUCCAAACCUGCUCCCCAAAGGUUAAGGAGACAUCGGGGGCGUCCCGAAAAGCAGCUGGCGUGUCACCCCUCCGCUGCCGGUGGGACAGGUGGCCUGGGCAGUGCAACGCUAACUUGAAUACGCAGCAAGCCGUUUUCAUUCCUCGGUGAACACAAAUCACCGGCUACCAAAGGGGGAAACAGGCUCGGGUGUCCUGUGCGGAGUACCUGGGAGCCACCAGGCUUUGCCCCUGCUUCUUCCUUUUAGACGUCCAAAUAACCGACUCGAGAAAGAUCAGAAUAGAUUCAUAUAGCGAACAAACUUCCUCCGAGAGCACGGAGAAAAGAAGCCCCUGCUGACGGGGCCCUGCGAAAGCAGCGUGCUGCACACAUGCGUACGCGCACACACAAGGCCUGUCUUUUCAUCUGCUACUACCUGGUGAUUCGUCUCCACAGAAAUGAGGUCUUCCACUUUUGAACCAUGUUAAAUGUACUUGAAAUGUAUUGACUGCUGAUCUAUUUCUUUCUCGCUCUUUAUUUUAUUUUAUUUUUUCAAAACGGACGGAGCUAGGGCACAGAGGGGAGCAUCGUUCAAGGGACGGGACAAAGGUUCCUGCAGUUUUCCAUGUAAAACGCGCAACUGUGGUGACAGGAGCUGGAAAUUUUUCGUUUCCUGCUUCAUGACAAUAGCACUUCAUUGCAAGUUGUGUUCUUUGUUGUUGUUUUUUUAAAAAAAAAGCAAACAAACCACAAAGCAACAAAGAGCACUGCCGGCACCGCAAGACGGUGAAAAACGGCCGUCUAAAACCACGCGAUAGGCUGAAGUCACCACAGGGAGAGUUUUACUGCACUUCUUAGCCCUUGUGACAGCAAGGCAAAAAUUUAUUUUGAUUGAGAACUGGGUAUUUGGUGGGUCCUGGGGGUAUGCUCGGAGCGCCCGACCCAAAUUCCUUUGCAAUUAAAGGAGUCCGUAAAGAGAUGAACUGCUCAAAGCGAUUUCUUAUGAGCGUGCUCCAAAAACAAGACGCCUGCUCAGGGCUGCUGUCGCCCGGCGGAGGCGGACGAGCCGCGGGUGGCUUUGUCCCAGCCCUGCGCAGCAGCGAGCCUCUGCCUCUGUAGCUGAUGCUCCUUUGUCAUCGUGGCCGAUGCAUAUUUGUGCUCCUUACUACUUUUUUUUUUUUGGAAUCGACACGCACUUUCAGAUACCUUUAUUAUUAUUUUUAAUUCUCUUAAGUCUGUAUUUGCUUUGGAGGAAAGAAUAAGAACUUAGUAUAAAAUGAAGUGGAUCAAGAUGGUGGAACAAAACAGAAAAAAGCAGAAAACAUUUCAAUAUAUUAAAAUGAUUUUUUUUUCCAGUAAUAUAAAACAUGAAAUUCCUUAUAACAUUAUAGUAUUUUACAGUUUUAUGAAGCUUUCUAUUGUGACUUUUAUGGAAUCAAAAGAUGAAGAUGAUGAGAUAUUUUAGCAUUUAUAUUUUUCAAAAUUAAAUGUAUACUGAAAAUAAAGUAACUUUAUGCAUUUA